AUGGCAGGAAUAACUCUGCUGCUGGUCCUGGUAGGGACCUCAUGUGUCCUAUCUCGUCAAAUCCUACUGGAGGAUCUUCUUCAGGAGGAGCCAUACAAGGGAGAAGCGAGUGAUUUAGUAGCGGCUGGUAGCCAUCACGGCCACAAGCACAGUAAGGGUGGCGGAGAGGAACAUCACGCAGAUCACCACAGCAGUCACGGCCACAAGGGAGACAAGGGGUACCACAGUCACCACCACUUCGACAAGGGGGACCACGGCAAGCACGGCAAAGACAAGCACUCGGGCUUCUACAGUGACCACGGUGGACACAAGGAGAAGUACCACGACGAGGAUGAGAAGUACGGCCAUCACCACAAGGGCGAAAAAGGCCAUAAGGCAGCCAAGUACGGAGAAAAGGGAGGCCACAAAAAAGGGCACAAAACGAAAGGUUACCACAAUAAAUUCCACAAGGACGAGUACCAUAAGGAACACAAAUUCUAUGACGACUACCACAAGGGAGGGCAUCACACCAAGCACGGAGCUUACCAUGGACACCACGGCUCCAAGGAAGGGAAACACAAGAAGGGAGGUCACCACAAGUCCGCUUACCACGAUGAUCACCAUGGCAAGAAAGGACACCACAAGAAAGGACAUUACGAGGACGAGCACAAAGGUCACAAAGGGAAAAAAGGACAUGAAGAGCACCAUUCACACAAAGAAGACUAUGGAAAGAAAGGUGGUCAUAAGAAGGGAAAGAAAUAUGGAUUCAAGAAAGGACAUCACUAA